AUGUACACCCUUUUCCGAAACAUUCUUCUGUUUGCAAGCACGCUUGCUACAGCUGCACCGAGUGGACAAAGAUACCGCGCAACCGGACGAGCAAUAUAUUUUCUCACCAACGACGCGAAUAACGCCGUGGUUUCGAUUCCCAUUGCUGCCGAUGGCACCCUCUCUGAAGGAACCGUCACUGUCACCGGUGGUGCGGGAUCCAAUGCCAUCAACGGGGCAAACAACAUGCCUGCCGCACCAGACGCACUGGUGGCCCAAUCGUCCUUGACAAUCGCCGGCAACAACCUCUUCGCCGUCAACGCCGGCUCCAACACCCUCAGCAUGUUCUCCAUCUCCCCCUCGGACCCCACCAAGCUCACGCCCGUCGGCCGCCCCGCCACCGUCCCCGGCGACUUCCCCAACACCGUCGCCGCCUCGCCCAAGCACAACCUCGUCUGCGUCGGCACCACGGGCGCCCGGGCCGGCAUCACCUGCACCACCUUCUCGCCCACCACCGGCCUGAUGAUCGGCGACGGGCUCCACAUGGACGCCCUCCGUCCGUUCGACCUGGGCCAGUCCACGCCGCCCGUCGGCCCGACCAACACCGUCUCGCAGGUCUUCUUCUCCGACGACGAGAGCAAGCUGUUCACGACCGUCAAGGGCGACCCGGCCAGCAACAAGACGGGCUUCUUCUCCGUCUUCGCGGUCGAGCAGAACCUUGCCGGCAGUAGGCUCGCGAUGCACGACACGCGCAGCUCGCCUUCGGGCACGGCCGUGCUCUUCGGUUCGGCCGUCGACCGCGGCAGCAAUUCACGCGUCUUCGUCACCGACCCGUCGUUCGGCGCCGCCGUGCUGGACGUCGACGAGGCGAGCGGCGUGGCGACGCUCGCCGCGAGGGGCGCCAUCGCCGGCCAGAAGGCGACGUGCUGGGCGACGAUCUCCGAAGCUACGCGCAGCGCGUUCGUGGCGGAUGCGGGGAUGAACCGCCUGGUGGAGAUGAGCCUGGAGGAUGCGAGCGUCAUCUCCAUGGUGGACUUGUCGUCGGCGGAGGAUCGCGACCCGGGGCUGACCGAUCUCAAGGCCGCCGGGAACUUUGUGUAUGCGCUGUCGCCCGGCAACGGGACUACCGCUGCUGCGGUGACGGUUUUGGAUGUUUCGGGAGGGAAGGGCGGCGCUGGGCCGAGGAUGGUGCAGCAUUUUGAACUGACGGGGCUGGGCGUGGGGAAGAAUGCUCAGGGUAUGGCUGUUUUUGUUUGA